AUGGUCGUUUUCUCCUCCCUCCUUUGUGCGCUCGUCGCCUCCCCGCCCGAGGCUUGCAAGGCGCUCCGCGGCUUCUACGAUGCCAUCGGCGCGAAAGACAAAUCGCCGUCCUUCAAGGACACGAGCUCGACCUGCUGCGCCUUUCUCGACCCGGAUGGCUCACCCAGCCCGCCCCUCGGCCAAAAAGAAGGGUGGAAAGCGGGCGCCACCCUGACCAAGAUCAAAUUCCGGGGCGGCACCGAGUUUGGCAGUAGCGGCACGCUGCCCGGCGCCCUGCUGCUACCGCUCGCCGGCACGCUCGAGUCCCUCGACUUGGGCAAGGAGGGGGACCGCUCCUUCUCGGGCACGCUGCCCGCGCAGCUGACCCAGCUCACCGCGCUCCAAAAGCUGAGUCUCACCACCGGCAAGUUCAGCGGCACCAUUCCGCACCAGCUCGGCCGGCUUCCCGCGCUGGAGAAGGUGACGCUCCUCUCCAAGCGCCUCUCGGGGACGGUCCCGGGCGAGCUGUGCCACAGGUCGGACGGCUCGCUCAGGAAACUGGUUCUCGACGACAACGAAAUCUCCGCCAAGAAGACGCGCAUCUCUGGCACGCUGCCGAGCAAGAUCACCGCGCCGCUCAGGCUGCUGAAUUAG